AUGGGGAAUCUUCCACCUAACCGCGUACGCGAGGCUGCACCGUUCACCCAUACCGGCAUUGAUUUUUGCGGACCAUUUUAUAUGAAAGAGAAGAAACAUCGAAACUGGAAUCGAGUUAAGGUUUACGUAUGCGUGUUCGUCUGUAUGUGCAUAAAGGCAGUACAUCUCGAGGUCGUAAGUGAUCUAUCCUCGGACGGUUUUCUCGCUGCAUUACGACGCUUCGUUGCGAGACGCGGAAUUCCCGAACACAUUUAUUCAGAUAACGGAACUAAUUUUAUCGGUUUAACGGCCAAUAAUCAAUUAAAGAAACUAUAUGCUUUGUUCAACUCUAACGAACACAUAAAACUCGUAAAUAAGUACGCGAACGAAUCGUGUAUUUCCUGGCAUUUUAUACCGCCCCUAGCUCCGCAUUUCGGAGGAUUCUGGGAGUCGACAGUCAAACUAUUCAAACACCAUUUCAAACGCGUCGUGGGCGACACUCUAUUUAAGUUCGAAGAGUUGAACACGUUUACCGUCGAAAUCGAAUGCAUACUAAAUUCAAGACCGAUAACAUCUAUUUCUUCCGAUCCGAACGACAUGCUAGUGUUAACUCCUGCCCAUUACUUAAUCGGCAAAUCAAUCACGUCUUUACCUGACAGAGUAAUUUCGGGGAAACCGGAAUCAGAGAGCGAACAAUAA